ACACAUUGGAAUCCCGUUAAUUGCUUCGAGAGGAAGUGAGGCGAAGUGAGGGAGCGGAUCGGAGUGAGUCUGACACGCCCCCUUUUCCAUUGGCACAGCCUGCCUGGAUAAGCCUACAAGAGAUUUUGUGAGGUGAUUUCCGUUUUCCAAAACAAAUCAAGUGCUUGUCGCGGCAAAGGAAACCAAAGCAAAAGCCAAGCCUAUCCCAACAACAACAAGUGCGCGAGUGCAAGAAGGAGGAGAAAAAGAAGUAGCGGGGGGCAAGUGCAGAACAACAACAACAAAGUGGCGACAGCUGUUUAAGUUAUUUUUUGGCCAAAAUGCAAAAUUAAUACAAUGCGGCAGGCGAUAAAAUAAAUAAAGCCGAAAAAACAAAACACAAGCCCUAGAGCAUUCACAGUUAAGCAACAGCAGCAACAACAACGGCCAGUGUGGCAGCAAAAGACAAAAACAAAAGCAAAGGCAAGAAAAAGAAGGCGAAGCUGAAAGAAGAAGAAGAAGAGUUUGCGCAGUCACGUGUGCAGUCGACGUCGACUGCGGCAGCGGCAGAGGAAAAUUCGCAUGCGGAAAAUUCACGUUCGUGAUGAUGAUGAAACGCGAGGCUAUGAUGAUGAAGCUGUUAAAGAGGGAGCCAAAAGCUGCAGCCAUAACUAACAGCUGUUAGAAAGAGACAGCUACCGCGUCAAUGUCUGACGAAGUGCCUUUGGGUCGCCUAUCGCAAAUCUUCGAUACGCUAACCAAUCUCCAGCAGCAGCAACACCUGCGUUCUCAGGAGCAACUGCAUCCGCAUCCGCAGUCACAUCCGCAGCAGGCGGCAACUGCGGAGCAACGGAGGAGAUCCGCAUCCUCAUCGCCUUCGCCAUCGGCCAGUGCAUCGGCAUCGACUUCUGGGCGGGCCACGCCUUCUUUGGGCGUGGCCAGCCCCUUAAAUACACUGCAAUACUACAGCCACGCCCACAAUUAUUUCCUAAGGCCGCAAGAUGGCGCCAGCAGUGGCUACCUGCACACCUUUCCAUCACAUUUGUACCACUACCAUCAGCAACAGCAGCACCACCACCACACUGUGCAGCUACACCAUCUGCAUCAGAACAGCCAACCGCCCUCGCUGCCCACCCAGUUGGGCGGGGGGCGUGGCGGCUGUCUAUCGGGCUCACAAUCGCUACAGGGAUCACCACUUUUGGCCAAAAGGGCCACAUCUUUCAGUGGCCAAAUACCGCUGAAUCAAGGUCGUUUUACCACCGGAGGAGGGGGAUCCGGAUCAGGCGCAACAAUUGGCGUCACUGCGUCCACGCCAAACAGUCCGAGGCUGUUGCCCCGUCAUGUGCCACGCCCACCGCCCAUUCCGGCCAAGCCCAAUCAGGCGAUGAAGGCGGAACAACAACAACAACAACAACAGCCGAGGGAUCCUCCUCCAAGGGAUGCAAGUACCAAUGUGAAUCCCGUGCUGGCGGCUCUGGAUGCACCGGAUGCUCCAUGGCCGCACUUCUCAACGCUCACCGAGCACCUGGACGUCCACCAGGUCAAUAACUACGGAAAGGCACUGCCGGAGAUAAAUUGGCAGGAGCGAUGUCUGGAAUUGCAACUGGAGCUGCAUCGGUCCAAGAAUCAGGCGGGUCGUAUACGCGAUAUGCUGCGUGAAAAGCUAACGGAGCUGGAACAGCGCGUCAUCGAAGCGGAAGAACGCGCCGAGGAAGCCGAAGAUAAGGUGCGUGCCAUGGAGCAGCGGCUGAGUGAGUGGCCCAAGCCGCCGCCUCAACAGUCCCAGCAUCCGCACCCGCAUCCGCACCCGCAUCCGCACCAGCCCAAUCAUCCGCAGGAGCAGCAACAGCAUCAGCAGCAGCAGCAGGCUAGAAGCAAUAGUUCGCCAAGUCAUCAGGUAGGCGGAACCGUAACCGGAACCGGAACCGUCUCGACGGCAGCAGGAUCAAGUGCAGUGCCGCCGAUUCAGGAAGCGGAGAAAACUAUCACUUCCCUGGAGAUCCAAGUGGAGGAACAGCGCCAACUGCGACUCCACGACGCCCGGCAAAUCGAGGCCAAGGCGGCGAAGAUCAAGGAGUGGGUGAACAACAAGCUGCGCGAUCUCGAGGAGCAAAACCAGUUGCUGCGCGAGCAGAACGUCAAGUGCAAUCAGCAGUUGGAGCUGCUCAAAAAUCACAUAGCCAAUCAAUCGCAGCGCCAUAGUAUCGUAGGUCCUGUGCGGAACAGCCUUAGCCUAGACGUUCAGGAUUUCGCCGGUUCGGGAACGAAUCCGGAGCAUCGGAGGCGGAGCGAAAGCCUAGAUCCGCAGGAUCCCAUCAUUGGACGACCCUUGACCAGCUCAUAUCCCCAUCAUCAGCAUAGAAGAAAUCUCUCGAUGGAGCCACAGGAAUUGGAACGAAAUCUGGUGGCUGCAGUGGAUGGCCUUACCCUGGCUCCCCUAUCCAGCAUCUCAAGCAAAGCGCCAUCAGGAGGAGGAGGAGGAGGCGGAGGUGGUGGUUCCACUGGUGGAUCUGGUGGCAUUCCCCGGCCAGAUAGCUCCGAUACGGAUACAGCCCAUGAUUAUGCGGAGAUCUACACGCCAUCCUGUGAAAAGUUACCCGCCUGGAUGAAGAACAAUCCGGCUUUGAUGGCCAGUGGUGGAAAUUCCAGUACCACCACAACCACCACCAGUGAAUUGGGUGUGCCGCCCCCCACACCGCCCCUGCAUCGAUUUCCCAGCUGGGAGGCCAAGAUCUAUCAGGUGGCCAACGAUGGACUGGCGGGAACAACGAGUACAGGCGAGAGUGCGUCCAGCCAUGUAGAACCAGAUAUUCAAGAGGGCAUAGGAAUGGGAACUGGAACUGGAACUGGAACUGGCACCAAUCUCUCCAAUGGCCGACGACAUGGUCAUAGCCAUGGAUCUGGUACUGGUACUGGCACUGCUGGAGAUGGACAUGUCGGGGCCGGUGGAACCCUAGGCAGCACUCCCGGCACACCGCUGCCGCCAUCGAGGCAACAACAAACCGCCAGCGGCGGAUUCUGUGAUAUAUCCGUGCCCGUCUACGCCACCGUCAAGGGUAGAGCCUCACAGAUCCGCUCGAUGCCAUUUACGGGCGAUUCGAGCGACGAUUCCAGUGACGGUGAGGACCAUGCCGUGAUGCUCACCCACCACUCGCACAACUCCUCGAGCACGGACAACACGGAGACCUCCACAUCCGGCAGUGCCUCGAGUCCCUCGAAGAGCCUGAAGACCUCAUCGAGCUUGAGUCCGGCCAAGCGAAGUGGUUCGGAGAGUCCCAAGAACGCCAAGGCGCGUGUCCACCUCCAAUCACGCACAUCCACCACACACAGCAGCCACAUCAACCAGCUUCUCCAACCGCAAUCGCAAUCGCACCACCAACACCAUAACCACACUUUGCCCAACCACCACCACCACCACAAUCAUAACCACCAGUUUGGGGCCUACACGCUGGUGCCUUCAAGUGGGCAGAUAACGCUGCCACGCCCCCACGUCCCCGCCAACGCCCCCUCCCCCCUCCAGCACAUGCGUGGCACAGUAAUUUCAGAUCUCUCCUUUGAAUCAGGCCUCUCGGACGACUACGCCCUGCCCCCCGACGCAGUAUCGGAGUCCACGUGCAUGGACGCUUCGAUGCCAUCGCUGCUGAUGCGGCAGUCCUACGUGGACUCGCCUAGCAAGAAGAUUGAGUCGCUUGAGAAGAUGGGUCACCUGGCUAAGCUGGGUGGCAAGUUGAAGACUUGGCGCAAGCGCUGGUUCGUUCUGAAGAACGGAUCCCUCAACUACUGGAAGAGCCAGCAUGAUGUGCAGCGAAAGCCCCAGGGCCAGAUCCAACUGGACGAGGCAUGUCGCAUUAACCGGGCGGAGGGUGCCUCCACUUUCGAGAUAGACACGGGCAAGAAGGUAUACUACCUCACGGCAGACUCACAUGCCACCAUGGACGAUUGGAUCCGGGUGCUGCAGAAUGUGCAGCGGAGGAAUGCCACCAAGCUGCUGCUGAGUCGCGACGACCAGAAACCCACGGUGCAGGGCUGGGUGACCAAGGUGAAGAACGGCCAUCCCAAGAAGUGCUGGUGCGUGCUGUUGGGCAAGAUGUUCCUGUACUUUAAGGCCCCGGCUGAGACGAACCCCCUGGGCCAGAUCAAUAUGCGUGAUGCCCGAGUCGAGGAGGUGGAACACGUUUCCGAUUCGGAUUCCGAGGAGCGAGAAGAUGCCGCCCAGGAUCAGGCUAGACUCACCGUUGCCAUCUAUCCGGCGCACCAGGGACCAACCUACCUGAUCCUGUCGGGCAAACCGGAGCGGGAUAACUGGCUUUAUCACCUGACCGUCGUUUCUGGCGGCGGUCCAAGUGCUGGCACACAGUACGAACAGCUCGUCCAGAAGCUCAUGGAGACCGAUGGCGAUCCCAACUGCGUCCUGUGGCGCCAUCCCAUUCUACUGCACACCAAAGACACCAUAACCGCCCCGCUUUCCUCCAUGCAUACGGAAACCAUGCAACCGGAGGCUAUUAAGCUCUUCAAGAGCAUUCAACUGUUCAUGUCGGUGGCCGUCAAUCAGCCCGGCAUCGAUUACCACGUGGUGCUCGCCCAGAACGCUCUGCAGCAUGCUUUGGAUAUGCCCGAGUUGCAAACGGAGAUGAUCUGUAUCCUCAUUAAGCAGACCUCCCGGCACAUGGGCCAGAAGCUCAGUGUCGGCGUCCAGGUAAACAAGAAGCUGGGCAAGCAAACGCGCCAACUACUGUUGUGCGCCACCCAAAGCCUGUUCACCUGUGAUACCCAACAGGCGGGCCAUGCCCAAGCCAACGGCAGUUCGCCCACCUCCAUACAGGCUCCUCCUGCCACGCCCAUAAUCGACUGCAAGAGCAACCCGCCCGCCUACAGCUUUGUCCAGGGCUGGCAGCUCCUGGCCCUGGCCGUUUCCCUAUUUAUACCGCGCUCGAGUCGCCUCCUGUGGUACCUCAAGCUUCAUUUGUCCCGGAACGCGGAUACCAAGACGGAGACGGGCAAGUAUGCCGCCUACUGUGAGCGUGCUCUGGAGCGGACCCUGAAGAACGGGGGCCGUGAGACGAAGCCCUCGCGGAUGGAGGUGCUGUCCAUCCUGCUGAAGAAUCCUUAUCACCACUCGCUGCCGCAUGCGAUUCCCGUGCACAUGAUGAACAGCACCUACCAGGUGGUUUCUUUUGAUGGCUCCACAACCAUUGAGGAGUUCCAGGCCACUUUGGCCCACGAGUUGGGCACGCGGGAUGCCACCAACGGGUUCUGCCUGUUCAGCGACGAUCCGAUCGAGAAGGAUCUGGAGCACUAUCUGGAGCCGCUGGCCAAGCUGUGCGACGUGAUCAGCAAGUGGGAGACGGCGCUGCGUGAGAAGGGAUCAGGAAAGUUCGAAAACUCACGCGUCAUUCAGCUGAGCUACAAGAAUCGCUUGUACUGGAAGCACACGAUCAAGUGCGAAACGGACAAGGAGCGCCUGCUGCUGUGCUACCAGACCAACUCACAGAUUGUCCAAGGCCGAUUCCCUCUGUCCAGGGAACUGGCGUUGGAGUUGGCCUCGCUGAUGUCGCAGAUCGACAUGGGCGACUACUCGCUGGAGAAGUCUCGCGACGUGGGCGUGGGCCUGAAAGGUCUGGACAAAUUCUAUCCGUAUCGGUAUCGGGAUGCCCUGGGUGCCGACCAGCUGAAGGAUGUCCAGGAACUGCUCGUGUCCAAGUGGAUGCUGCUGAAGGGUCGCUCCACGCUGGACUGUGUGCGCAUUUACCUCACCUGCUGCCGCAAGUGGCCGUAUUUCGGCGCAUGCCUGUUCCAGGCGAAGCCGCGCCAAAGUCCGGACACCAAUACUCCGGUGGCUUGGCUGGCCGUUGCCGAGGAUGCCCUCAACGUGCUCGAGCUGUCCACGAUGGCGCCGGUAGCCAGGUAUCCCUACAGCUCGGUGAUGACCUUUGGCGGCUGCCAGGAUGACUUCAUGCUUGUGGUCUCGCACGAUGACAGUGAGCAGAAGCUGCUGUUUGCCAUGAGUAAGCCCAAGAUCUUGGAGAUCACUUUGCUUAUUGCGGACUACAUGAAUGCUUUGGGUCACACGGUGCCGGGCACUCCGCAGAUGAACUCCCUCACCCGGAAUGGUUCGCAUCGUUCGCUGCGUGCCUCUCAGCGUCCGACCUUGGGCGGUGGUGUUGGUGGCGGCUCGGCGGUGGCCACCGGCUUCUCCACGAAUGCCACCACCACGGCUCACAACACGCUCAAUUCGCAUGCCACGCACACGCUCAACUCGAACCACUCGCACACACUGAGCAGCUCUCAUCACGGCGGAGGAGGACUAGGAGGAUUAGGUGGCGGAGGAGGAGGAAGUCACCCCGGCACCUUGAGCUCGGGUCACCAUCAGCAGCAGCAUCAUCAUCACCACCAGCAGCAGCAGCACCAUCAGCCGGAUAUACUGAAGAGCACGCCGGAUCAUCAGAGGAUUAAGUAGGAGAGAGAGAAGGAUCUCAGACAGGGAAGAUAAACGGCGUAUAGAAAGGUGAUUCCUGGACGGAUAUGAAGGAUAUAUAGGGCUGAGGAGCGAAUUAAGUAGGGGAAGAGUUCGCUCGGAUCUCGAAAGGAGAUAUAAUAGAGGAAGGAAACACUAAUGGAAGGUGGUAUCCUAAAGGAUAACACCAGCAACAUCAGCCAUAGAUACCGAAAAGUAGAGAGAAUCUCAAAAGGAAAGAUAUUGUGUGAAAGAAUAUAUAAAGGAUAACAGAAAAGAGGAUCGCAGAAAGAAGUAAAGAAAAAGAAGAAGCUUAUCCCUGCUGAAAGAUCACACACAUUGUACAUAAACGAGGAUCACGCAGCUAAACACCAGACAUAUACGACUAAACGAUACAUAUGCACCAGCCUAGUGGCUACAAAUAUACACCUAAAGAUAGAAACAUAUAAAGAUAGAACGUUGCAGAAGAUAGUUGGAUAAAUGGAUAGUUGGAUAGAUGGAUAGUGGAGUCGACUUAGCUUAAGCGGCCUGGGAUGGACCUUAUUCUCCUUGCGCACCACUCACUACAGUUCUUUCCUAAGCUAACAAACGGUACUCGUACUCUAAAACUUAAUUGUAAACAGCAGCAGCAAGCCGCAUAUAUAUACAUAUAUAUAUAUUAUAUAUUUAAUUUUUUUGAAUAGUCCUAAGUCCAGCGUACCCCGAAAUUUAUAAGGUAUGUGAAGAAACUAUACUGAACUUGAAUCUCAAAGUUUAGAUUGUUCUUGUCUUAUUAUUAUUAUAUUUUUUUUUGUUACUUUUAACCAGCAAACAAGCAAACAACACACAACCUGUAGAAAUGAUAUUUAUUCGAGUAUUCUCGCUCUUCGAUGCUUUGUAAUGAAUCUCAAUUUGUAAUUGUCCCUCCAUGCGCGAAACUGCCUUUUGAAUUUGUAGAUGUCGGAGCCAGAACGAGAAAUACAAAAAAAGAAAAGAAAACGAAGCCAAAAAACACGCAAAACAAGCGAACUAGCAUUCUAGCAUUAGCUGAAAACCAACCAAUUGAGGAAACAAAAAAAAUAUUUUGUAAAGGAUUUUUCAAGCAUCAACCAAGCAUCCCCAUCUAUAGUACAUCAUGAUGAUAUUUAAUAGGUACGCCCCCCGAUUCCUAUGGUUUCAGCAAUUUUAUAGAUUUUUUUUUGUUUUAUAAUGCAUUUUUUUAGCCUGUUCAGUGUCUAAAUGUAUAACAGAUGUAUAACAGAAAUCUUAUACACAAAUCAAUUAGUCAACAAAUUCAAUCUCGUCUUGAUAAUUUAUAACCCAAUUUUUUUUAAUCACCCCCUUCUUCACACACACACACGCAUUCAUAUAUACAUAGAUAUAUAUAUAUAUAGAUUGUAUUCGGAUUCGAUAUUUAAAAGAAAUUAUACACACCAAAUUAACGAUAUAGCAGUGUAAAUGGUAACAGCGCAUUUUUUUCCUAUUUGUAAAGAUUUGAUAUUACAAAUUUAUAUGUGCGACGAGAGACGACGCAACGAAAACGGAUAGAAUCGAGAAUCUCAUUGGGAAGAAUCGAAAAAACAAGAAGGCUUGCAAGCGAAUAUAAACUAUAUAGGCGAAUGUAUCACAACAUCACAAUCCAGUGAAACGAAAUAUAUAUAAUGGAAAAUUAACGAUUAAAAACUAAACCAAAAAAAAAAA